CGUCUGACGCUACAUUGUCCCAUAAGGAUCCCAUUUUCGGUGCUUUCUUAUCAUCCUUAACAUUUCUGUAUCACGUUCCAAUGUUACUCUGUUCAACUGAAUUCCCUCCUUCUUUGCUGAUUAAUACCAUUUAG